AUGCCGAGCUGGACCAAUACACCAUCGGGCACCAUGCAUGCGGCUAUUCUCACCAAGUUGGGAGGACAGCCUCAAGAAGCAUUCACCUACGUGAAGGACUACCCCAGGCCCUCCUUGCCGUCCCAAACAUGGGUGCUUGUCCGUUGCUACGCCACAGGCAUGCAGCGUAGUGACUUGCGCGCCCGCAUCAACGAAUACCUCGAUCCGCGAGAAUUUGGUAUAUUUGCCGACGAAUAUCAACCAGUAUCGCCUAAACUCCUGGGCGAAGAGUUUGUGGGCGAAGUGGUCGAAGCCGGCAGUCAGACGCGCUUCAAGAAAGGCGAGAAAGUAGGUGGCCUCGUCUACGGGGGCGGCAAAGCAUACGACGGCAGCUACGGCCAGUACGUUAUCUGCCCAGAUCGCCGGUGCUGGAAGCUGGGCGAGGCCGCCGCAGACCUGUCAUGGGAGGUUCUAGGGGCGAUCCCAUUGAGCAUGUGGACGGCAUACGGCAGUCUUUUUGUGGCCGGGAACACAAACCACGGAGACACCGUCUUCAUCCACGGUGGCUCCAGUGCAGUGGGCAUGUGGGCAAUUCUCCUCGCCAAAGACCAAGGCUGCACGGUCAUUGCGAGUACCCGGAACCCGAGCAAAAUCCCGAAAAUGAAGGCGGCCGGUGCUGACCAUGUCUUCCUCGAAUCUGAGCUUCGGGGCGGAGCGAUUUUGAAAGUGGCACCGAAAGGGGUCAAGACAGUAAUCGAACUCGUGGGUAUCUCCACCAUGAUCGAGGUGGGACUACCGGCCCUUGCACUCCAUGGCACACUGGUCAUCAUCGGCGUACUCAACCUCGAAUGGUCCAUCAAAGACUUCCAUCCCGAUUCGAUUCCCCUGACGAGGAAGAUCACCACGUAUACUAUUAUGGAUGAAGACGAGGAGCCCUCACGACAAGUCAUGAUAGACGUGGUGAAGAAAGUCCGGGAUGGCAUCUUCAAGCCCGAGUACUUUCUCGACAAAGUGUUCGAUCUUGAAGAUGUUGGAAGUGCCCACAAGUACAUGGAGGAUGACAGGGCGUGCGGUAAAAUUGUCCUCCGGAUUAAGUAG